AUCCGUUCACUCGAAAGAAAUCGUGUACGCGUGUGACGCGACGAAUCAGACCACUGUCCGACUCGUUGCCGGCAACAAGUAGUUCCUCGAUAAAUUAAGUAUUAUACCGUGUACGCGCUUAAGUCUAUAUCGCAGACCCACAGACUAGCUGUUGAUAUUUGUUGAUCAGUGCAGAUGACCCAUAGAGCGUUGGCGUCCAAAGAAGAAGAACACAGCAGCGUCGAUUGGAUCGACCAAAACGACGGUCAUCAACAAGAAAAAAUUUGGUUAAGAAGUAUGAUGUCAACUGAUAAGUUCCUUGUACCAGCAACUGAAGAACAGAAAUUAAGCAGCGUUGUAUUCGAAGCACCUAUGUCUGAAUAUAAAAGUACAGCUGAAUCGAACCAAUUGUAUGAACGGCAGCCAUGGCAGAAACUUGUAUCAAUUUUCUUAGCAGAACUGUUUGGUACUGCGUUUUUAAUGUUGUUCGGUUGUAUGGGAUUAGUUCCUAAGCAUCCGGGUGGAGAACUUGGUGAAUACAGUGGUGCUAUUGCAUUUGCUGGUAUUGUAGCUGUCACUAUUGUUAUUAUUGGCCACAUCAGUAAUUGUCAUAUAAAUCCAUGUGUUACAUUGUGUGCAUUAAUUCUUGGUAAAUUACCAAUAUUAACAGCUAUAAUUUAUUUCUUAGCCGAGUUUUUAGGAGCCAUGAUUGGUUAUGGACUUUUAGUGGUUAUUUCACCUUAUAAUAUAUUGAAUUCAUCAGAAACUGGAGUUUGUGUUACAAGCCCAGUUAUGGGUUUGACUGCAUGGCAAGCCCUUUUAAUCGAAGCUAUAACAACAGGAGUUUUGAUGCUUUUAGUAUGUGCCGUCUGGGAUCCUAAAAGUGGAAAUGGAGAUUGUGGUUCUCUGAAAUUUUUAGUCAUGAUAUUCUUGACAUCAGUUGUUGUUGGCCCUUUCACUGGAAAUAGUUUGAACCCAGCACGGUCGUUAGCACCUGCAAUCUACAACAAUUCAUGGAACAUGCAUUGGAUAUACUGGAUUGGUCCAUUCUCGGGAACAAUAAUAUCAACUCUUUUCUACAAAUAUAUUUUUAUGGCAUUAAAUAAUGAAGAACGAGUUAAAUAAAGUGAUAUAUUUUUUUAUUAGAUCUAUGUAUCACAUGCCUGGUAUUUGACAGCACUCAAAUUCAGUUUUAAUUGUKGUUCUCUUAGGUUAAAUUCUGAAGUCUGUAAAUUGUGUCUUGUAAUAUAUUUUAUAGGACAUCCAUCUCCAUGUUUAUAAUUAAUUUAUCUACUUAAUUAUGUUUUAGUCUCUA